AUAUACAAAGUGAAACAUUCAGAAUCUGUGAAAGAAAGCUACACAGCCUAUAUACUGCCAUGUUUUUGAAGGCAGGAAAGCAAUUUACAAGUAGUGGAAAAUCAAAGGAUUGAUCAGAAGCCACUCCUCCACAUGUAUCCUGAGGGCUACAUAUUUGUUCCUUUUGUUUGAACAAGUCGGGCAAAGAAAAGAGGGCUCCUGUUAGUAACAGCUAAAAAGUACCUCCAUAGGUUCUAUGUUGACAUGAUCUAUUGACAAAUUUGUGCUGUAAUGAUAUCUCUGAGAAAUUCUGAAUAUCAUAUUUUAUUUUAGAAAUUGUGUGCUUUUUUGUUCUACAAUUAACAAGAGCACAGAGAGGAAUCAAAUUACACCCUCAGUCAGAGCCCAGCACUCCUGGCUGCUGCUAUAGCUCAAGAUUUCUACAGCUGCUGACGUGGCUAGAAACAUGGCUGCCUAAAAUUGGAACCCAUUCAUUUAUGCAGCCAACGUGGUGGUUAAUGUCAUUUAAUUGCUGAAUAUGUGGGACCUCAUUCUAAAACCACACUGUAAUAACACAUUACACUCAGUAAACAAAACAUUAAGAACACUUGCUCUUUCCAUGACAUAGGUUGAACAGGUAAAUCCAGGUGAAAGCUAUGAUCCCUUAUUGAUGUCACUUGUUAUGAAGAGGAGACAGGCUAAAGAAGGAUUUUUAGGCCUUUAGACAAUUUAGACAUGGAUUGUGUUUGUGUGCCAUUCACAGGGUGAAUGGGCAAGACACGAUUUAAGUGCCUUUGAAAUGGGUAUGGUAGGUGCCAAGCACACCGGUUUGUGUCAAAAACUGCAACAUUACUAGGGUUUUCACACUCAACAGGACAUCCAGCCAACUUGAGACAACUGCGGGAAGCAUUGGGGUCAACAUGGGCCAGCAUCCCUGUGAAACGGUUUCGAUGCCUUAUUGAACCCAUGCCCCGACAAAUUGAGUCUUUUCUGAGGGCAAAACCUCAACAUACUCAGCGUAUACAGGCUAUACAAAAAUAGACCCUUUGAAACAUUGGCCUCAAAUACCAACACAGGAUUUCCAACAUUAUUGUAUUUGUGUCUGCUUUCAGGCUUCUAUAGCUGCUCAACAACCAGAAGACAGAAAGGAUGUGGGUAACCAACGUUGUAGUUUUGGGCCUCCUGGCCGUUGCGGCCUCCGGAGAAGACAAGAAGAAGCUGAGCAGCCAUGCCACCACCAUGGCAGAUAAGAGCGCCAACCUGGCCUUCAGCCUCUACCACACGGUGGCCAAGGAGAAGGGCCUUGACAACAUCCUGAUAUCCCCUGUGGUGGUGGCCUCCUCCCUUGGCAUGGUGGCUCUCGGGGGCAAGGCAUCCACCGCUUCCCAGGUCAAGUCUGUCCUCAGCGCUGAUGCCCUGAAGGAUGAGCACCUGCACACAGGCCUGUCAGAGCUCCUGACUGAGGUCAGCGACCCCAAGACCCGGAACGUCACAUGGAAGAUCAGUAACCGCCUCUACGGCCCCAGCUCGGUCACCUUCGCCGACAACUUUGUGAAGAGCAGCAAGAAGCACUACAACUAUGACCACUCGAAGAUCAACCUCAGGGACAAGAGGAGCGCAGUGAACUCCAUCAACGAAUGGGCGGCCAAGUCGACAGACGGCAAGCUGCCUGAGAUCACCAAGGAUGUGCAGAAUGCUGACGGAGCAACGAUCGCCAACGCUAUGUUCUUCAAGCCUCACUGGGAUGAGAAGUUCCAUGAGAAGAUGGUAGACAACCGUGGCUUCCUGGUGACCCGUUCAUUCACAGUCUCUGUUCCCAUGAUGCAUCGCACCGGCCUCUAUAAGUUCCAUGAUGACACAGAGAACAGGUUGUUUGUGCUGGACAUGCCACUGGGCCAGAAGCAGUCCAGCCUGGUGUUCAUCAUGCCCUAUCACCUGGAACCCCUUGACAGGCUGGAGAAGCUGCUGACCCGCAAGCAGCUGGAAACCUGGAUGGGCAAGAUGGAAGAGAGGGCCGUGGCCAUCUCUCUGCCCAAAGUCAGCAUGGAGGUUAGCCACAACCUCCAGAAAACUCUUGGUGAACUUGGUCUAACCGACGCUGUGGACAAAACCAAGGCCGAUCUGUCCAACAUCUCCGGCAAGAAGGACCUGUACCUCUCCAACGUGUUCCACGCCUCUUCAAUGGAGUGGGACAUCGAGGGGAACCCCUUCGACACCAGCAUCUUCGGAAGUGAGAAGCUGAGGAACCCCAAGUUGUUCUAUGCUGACCAUCCCUUCAUCUUCCUGGUGAAGGACAACAAGACCAACUCCAUCCUCUUCAUCGGCAGAAUGGUGCGACCCAAAGGAGACAAGAUGCGUGACGAGUUGUAAUAGUUAAUAGACAGUUUGAUAGAUACGGUUACUGAUUGAAUCAUGCCAGGAAAUAGUACGCGUAUUAUGGUGUGACUGUUACCCCAAGAACACAUUCCAAUAGGGCAUCUGUGGACUGAAUAUCUAGACCUACUAUUGUAUCAGACACAUUAAGCACUCCCAGGGAUCAGGAGUAUAUACUUUAUAUACUUUGCUUUAUCUUGGCCAGGUCGCAAUUGUAAAUGAGAACUUGUUCUCAACUUGCCUACCUGGUUAAAUAAAGGUGAAAUAAAUAAAUACGUUCAAAUAAAUGCUGUUUGGCCUUUACAAUGCGCCAUAGUCAAUAACAUUGUCAGUCUGCAUUUCAAAACAUUUCAGGAAAAAUCCGAACACCACAAGUGCCUUUUUAGAGUACCUGAACAUUGAAUAGCAGACGACCCGACAGCAUGCUUAUAUUAAGUAUGAUCUCUCUGAUUUUGCCUUCCAUAAAAUCAGACAUUUUCCACCAUUCUUUUCACCAGUAUAGGUUUGGCUUCUCUCUCUUAUUGGGUUUGUGAUAUGCGUGAUUAGUUGCAUUAUCUUUAAUGUUUAAAGAGAAAAAGUUUGUUGCACAAGUGUACUACAAGCUAAUUUCAUGUCAUACUAUUUUCCACUUUCCACCCUGCAAAUGACAUUUCUCAUGCUUUCAGUUGUUUUUGCCUCCCAGCUGCACUGAAACUGUUCCUCUGCAUUCUUUGAUUUGAUUAAAUUAUCUAUGCCAUUUGCCAACCAAACUGUAUGACUGUUGUAGGCAUUUACCACUAAACCUUGGAAUGUUGCCAUAAUGCAAUGUGGUGUCCUUUUUGACUCUUUCUUUUCAAUAAAAAGAAACCUAAAAUAAA